AUGAAAGUUACGAUGUGGACACCUGUUUUUUGCCUCUUUGUUUGGUUUUGGCUCCCUCUACUGGGAAAAGCAGCACCGAAACCCGAGUGGAUUGAGCUCUCAUACCAAUUCAACAAUGGGACCAUUUAUUGGCCUACUUCUUUGGCGUUCAAGCAUAUCAGACUAAGCGAAAAUUUUACCGGUGCUGGUUUUUAUUAUUCCGCCUAUGACAUCAGUGCUGCUGAGCAUGGGGGAACCCAUAUUGAUUCUCCAAGACACUUUGCGGCAAAUAAGUGGACCACCGACCAGAUACCUUUAGAUCGGCUCAUUGGACCUGCCAUAAAGAUAGAUAUGUCCUCCAAAGCAGCCCAGGUAAUGGUUAAUUUCAAUUCCAAUUUGGGAAACUCAUGUUGAGACCCAGUACGAGUUAUGAUCCUAGCCUGUGCAGUAGUCUAACUUCUUUUUUUUUCUUUCUCCCCUCUAUUUUGAUGCUGCAAAUCAGGCAGUAUUGACCAACCAGUCAGACCAGUCAGUUUUAUUUAAGCGUUGCGUGGACCUCUGCAUUCAAACAGUUUUUCCUAUAGUCCUAUUAGCUUGUAUGUUUUGUUUUCCAUGUUCUCUAGGGAAUUUGCUCUUUGUUUGUUUUUUUUUGUUGUUUGCUUUUAUUUUUGUGAUCAUAUCGCGCUGGAAUGCGGGGCAAUAUUCCUUUUCCCCUCCAGCCGCACCUUCCUUUUCGACGCCUGCUUAGCAGGUUAUUACGAUACCAUGCACCGUGCUGCAUACAUUCCGAGUCAUGAUCAGUUUGAUGAAAAACUGAGUUAAAUGUGAUUUGGUAAUUUUCGUUCUUUCUUCAUUAGUGUCAAUAAGAUACCUUCCAGAUAUUGCUGAUCUUAUGCAUGAAGAGCAGUAAAAAUGAAACGUAAAAAAAGAAGCCAUGAGUAUGAGUUUCUCCUUUUGUAAUUCAUCCGUCUGAGACAGUCGCGAGGUUAUAGUUCUUUUCCCUCCUUGUUUUCUAUCGAUCGAAGAUCGAUGAAUAGUGCAUGUUUCUACACGAAUAUAAAUUGUUCGCGUUGUGGAAACGAUUAUGCAGAGUUGAGUUUGCUUUAAAACGCUUCUCCUUUGGCACAGUGGAAUUCAGAUUACAUUUUGGCAGUUUUUACUAGGACGAAACUUUUUAAGCGUGAUAAAGGAAUCCUUAACCCUUUUAAGUUCUAAAACCAGUAUUUAAGUAGAUUACUGAUCAUGAACUUAAAAUUAAACACUAGAACUAAAUUAAAUUUCAUCUAACGCAAGCACUACUGAAUUUGCAUGCAAAUGUGCCCAGUUAUUUUCCAGUUAGCCUGCGCAGCAGGCGUUCGAAAGGGAAGGGGAAAGGGAAUGAAAUUUGGGCGCGAGACCGCGCGCUUCUCUUGUGCGUAGAAUCCCCUUUUCCUCCCUUUCCAACUAUUUUCCAUUCUGAGAUUGCGAUCAAGACGGGUCGUUAAUCAAACUGCACUGUAGAACUGUUUUUGACGACUAGUUUUGAGUUAGUUUUCUACACAAUCUUAUAGUAAGCCAAUAAAAGAAACGAUAGCAUCCCAAAAAUAGUCCAUGCAUGGUAGACUUCGGCGCAAAAGUGAUCCCGUCUCCAUGCGCAACCUCAAAUGUGGCCAAAGUAAACUGUCAAGAGUAGAUAGUCGAGAAACAUGAUGCACCUCCUAGAAACCUGUCUAUCAUAGUGCCCUAUUAAUUAACAGACCCGCCGUAAAAUCAGUCGAUGAUUUGUUCCUCAGAACCGUGAUUACCAGGUGUUGCCUAGUGACUUAGAAGCCUGGGAAGAGAAGAACGGAAAGAUUCCUGAUGAUAUCAUAUUGCUUCUGUUUUUUGACUGGGGAAAGCGUUGGCCAGACAAACUAACUUACCUCGGUACUGACACGAAUGACACGUCCUUGCUGCAUUUCCCAGGUAAGGAAAUCACCAUCACUGCAUUUUUUUUUCUUUGUUUUCUGAGAGUUACCGGUAUCCACUCCAACUUUCGGCUCAGGUUCGGCUCAGGGGCCCGUUUCUCGAAAGUCCCGGUAACUUAACGGACCCGGAAUCAUAUUUUUGAAUCAAAGUCUCAAGAAAAGUAGGGUGUGUUCUGUCCUCUAAUGAAGUCCAUUUUGUUUCGUUAGCUAAUAACUCUACUGUAUAAUUUUCAAAACUUCUAAAACUCCCUUCUAAAAUGGAAAACAAAACAGCUUAACGGGCUCGGUAAUUACCGGGAGCUUCGAGAAACGGGCCCCAGGGGCCCGUUUCUCGAAAGUCCCGAUAAUUAACGGGCCCGGUAAGCUGUCUCGGUUUCCACUAAAGAUCGAGGUUUCAAUAGUUUUGCAUCUAACAUGUUAAAACUGUCAGUUAAUGAAACAAAAUGCAGUAGUUUGCUAGCCAGGACCCGCGCUCUUAUUCUUUAUAUUUCGAUUUGAAUAUUUGAUUUCGGGCCGGUAAAGGUACCGGGACUUUCGAGAAACGUGCCCCAGGUUCCCUUCCUCGCUGUACAUGCAUUAUUCUUCAUCCUGCACCUGACUCGCCCAUUUUUUGUUUUAUAUUUUAAUUCAAUGUUAAUGAGACAAUCGCGUGGAAGAUGCGCGUUGGGGGAGAUGAAAAGGAGGUUUCUUUCUUUUCCAACUCUUUCCUUCCCAUCGUCCUAUUCGCCAAGAAGCCGUAAUAGUCCUCCGCGAGCCUUCCGUGACCGCUUUCAAAUAACAUGAAAGACGACUAGAGACGAGUCAACUUCAUCAGUACACAUCAUCAUCAUCAUCGUCAUCUUACCCUCCCCCUCCCCCUCUUUCUUUCAUUUUUAGGCUGUCGUUGCAUUUUUCGCGAGGUAAAACAAAAAUCCUGUUUCUCAUAUUCAGCCUCAGACAAAUCAUCGUCAGUAAAGUUACAUAGUCACAAAAGCCCAACAGAUUUCUUUGUUCCAUGUUUUCUUUGCUUUUUAGACUACUUGUGUACACAAUGUGAAUACUAUUCCUAUUCAAGACCUUCAACGUUGUGCACUGUCAGGGCUCCUGGCACAAUCAAAUGCGAGUCGACUAAGUAAUAAACAAACUCAUGAAACAAAGAAAUCUGUUGGACCCUUAUAUCCAUUGCACCUCUGCACAAAAGCUUUGUCCAAAUUAAUUUUAUGUCAUUUAUACCUGAAUUUAUUUUUGCAUGUUUGCAUUUAGGGAUACACCCUAAUGCCUCCCGUUGGUUGGUAAAAAAUCGCAAGAUCAAGUUGAUUGGUGUAGACACAGCAUCUAUCGACUACGGACAAUCGACACUUUAUGAAUCACAUCAAAUUCUUUACGAGAGGAAUAUUCCAGGCCUAGAAAAUGUCGCCCACAUGGACAAGUUACCCAUAAAAGGCUUCACGUUGUACGCAGCUCCAAUGUUUAUCACUGGUGGUAGCGGAGGGCCUUGCAGAAUCUUUGCUCGUCUGGAUAAAGAAGACUGCACUGUGAAUGCUGCUAUCAGGCUGAGAAGUGUGAACAUUUUUCUGGUUACAACUGUUUUCAUGUUCUUGAUUUUUCUGUAAUUUUCUCUAUUGUUGCAAUGGAAGUUUGUGUGUGUGUGUUCUUUUUUUGUUUUUUGUUUUUUUUUUUCGAUUACACAGUGCAUCGCAAAUGGUCAGUUCACUUUAAUAUUGCUCUUUAAAAGACGUUUCUGCAAAUGAUCUUCCAUAGCAGGUUUCGAUCAGUCUGAAUAGAAGGUCCGGUGAUGAUGACCAUGUUAUGGGUGCAAAAAUUUAGUUCGAGUUAGCGGGGAAUUCGAGUUAUCCGAGUUCGAGUUAUCGAGGUCCUACUGUAGUUUAUCAUAAGUUAUGCUAAAUUCGUAACAGAACUUCGCGUCUUCCAAUUCGAUCUGUAAUCAUACCCGCCGGCCUAAACAAAUCGGAUUUUGUUGAUCAUUCGUAUGAUUACAGAGAGAACUGGAGUCAACUCAGUCCUAUGACCAUUAUGAAUGGUCAGAAUGGUGAAAUGUACUUACUAUAUAUGACAGGAAGUAAAACUGGAAAAUAAAGUGAUCAUUGACUCAUUCAUCCACUUAAUAUGCAUUUAUUAACAUAACUGUGGUUAAACCC